AUGAAGAUGGUGACCAUGGUGAUGGUGGUGAUGAUGAUGAUGGUGUUCAGUGAUGGUGAUGAUGGUGUGGGUGAUGAAGAUGGUGAUGACAAAGAUGAUGCCGAUGAUGGUACUGCGGAUGAAAGUGAAGGUGUGGGUGAUGAAGACAGAGGUGUCACGGAUGAAGAUGAUGGUGUGGGUGAUGAAGAUGAUAAAGGUGAUGAUGGUGUUACUGGUGCCAUGGUGACGGUGUCAGCAGUGUUGGAUGAUGAGGAUAUUGGUGAUGGAGUUCAGCACAGUGUGGGUGAUGGCAGGAGUGAGGAAGAUGAGGUACGUGGUGAUAAAGAUGAUGAUGAUGAUGAUGAUGGUGAUGAUAGUGUUAGUAGUGUAAUGGUGAUGAUGUCAAUGGUGUGGGUGAUGAAGAUGAAGGUGAUGAAGAAGAUGAGUGAUGAUGGUGCUGUUGGUGGCGGUGAUGAUGAUGGAGGUUGGUGGUAUUGGGUGAUGAUGAUGGAGGUGUGGGUGAUGACGAUGAUGAUGUCUCCCUCUCCCCUGCCGGGCCGGGCCAUGCCUCGGGCCCACCCCCGGCCCCGGGCGGGGCUGCCCCGUCCCUGCCCCCGGGCGUCCCGCCGCGGUCUCGCCUUCGCCCGGCUCUGGCAGUGCUGGCGAUGGCGCUGCUGGGCGGGCAUCAGUGCCUGGGGCUGGGGCAGCAUUGCUGGCCUUUGGCUGCGCCUUUACCGAGCCCGGCCCCGGCCCCGGCCCCGGCCCCGGCCCCGGCCCCGGCCCCGGCCCCGGCCCCGGCUCGUCCCUGGGCCCGCAGAGGACACAGGCGGUGCGGCCGCUCCCGCCGCCUCCACUGUGGCUUCCCCAGCCCAAGCUCCUCCGCUUGGCAGCGCGGCCGCUGGCCCUGAGCCGCUGCUGUCCCGUUGCCAGGAGCAAAUGCCUGGGGAUGCCCAGCCCGGGCCGCUCGAGGGGCGCUCGGGGGCCGUUCCUGGCCCCGGGCCGAGCGCUGACAGCCGCGUCUCGCCGGCAGGGAAGGCGCAGCAGGCCCUCCAGGAGCAGUACCGCCUGGGUUCCCUGCUGGGCCACGGCGGCUUCGGCAGCGUCUGGGCGGCCACACGGCUCUCAGACCGUGCCCCGGUGGCCAUCAAAAGGGUGCCACGGAACCGUGUCCGGCAUUGGGGUGAGCUGCCCAACGGCACCAGCGCACCACUGGAGAUCGUGCUGCUGCACAAGGUCUCCACUGGCUUCCCUGGUGUCGUCCAGCUGCUGGAGUGGCUGGAGCUCCCCAAAGACAUCAUUAUCAUCAUGGAGCGCCCGGAGCGUUCUCAGGACCUCCAGCAUUUCAUUCGGGCACGGCGGUUCCUGUGCGAGGAGGUGGCGCGGGAGCUGUUCCGCCAGGUGCUGGAGGCCGUGCGGCACUGCGCCAGCUGCGGGGUCCUGCACCGUGACCUCAAGCCAGGGAACAUCCUGCUUGACCUGGCCACCGGGCAGGCCAAAUUGAUUGAUUUUGGCUGUGGCACCUACCUACAAGACACAGCCUAUACUCACUUUGCAGGAACACCGUCAUACAGCCCCCCGGAAUGGAACCAGUUUGGCUGGUACUAUGGACAGCCAGCUACCGUCUGGUCCCUGGGCAUCCUGCUGCACCAGAUGGUGUGUGGGGAGCACCCUUUCAGGAGGGGCCACAAGAUCAGCUGGGACCAUCAGCUCUCGCUGCCACCACGGCUCUCUCAAGAGUGCCAAGAUGUCAUCCGGCGGUGUUUAUCCAUGCUGGAUGUGGACCGGCCUUCAGUAGAAGACCUGUUCAGUCAUCCCUGGAUGCAGGAUAGUCAUCUGCCAUAG